AUUACUCUAUCCUUCCACCCUACCCAGCAUGCAUCUCCAUCCUCUGCCCCUCUCCGUCCUCCUCCUCCUCCUGGUUGCCAAGGCAACCGUGAUGUGCGUUGUCGUGACGACAGCGCUCCACGGCUUCCGAGGCUGCGCCGUGCGAGAGUUCUCCUUCGUGGCCCAGAAGCCCGGCUGCAAGGGACUACGCAUCACCACUGAGGCCUGCUGGGGGCGCUGCCACACCUGGGAGAAACCUGUGCCGGAUCCCCCCUACAUCCAGCGACACCACCGCGUGUGCACGUACAGCCGUAUCCGCCACAUGACGGCGCGGCUGCCGGGCUGCCUGCCCAACGUCUCCCCGCUCUACCACUAUCCCAUGGCCCUGCACUGCCACUGUGCCAUCUGCUCCACACAGGACACAGAGUGUGAGACUUUCUGAGGGGCGAUGACAGCAGGAAUCUCACAUUUAAUGACAGGGAGAGUUUUUGAAAGAAGGAUACUUGAUGACUAAAGGCCUUGUGUGUAUCAUUACUCAUGUGUCUGUAUGUAAGA